AUAAUGUACCAGAUUAUAGUGCCUAUAUUGUUAUAGUAACAACUACAUUGCCUGUCUUGUUCGAGGUAAAUGGAUAGACAUGUUUGGCCGUUCUCUAGACGCGGUAUACGGAGACACAUUCCAUGGCAACUGGAACUUAUUGAUACCGGAGCAUCGUCAGAAUCUGAUGAUGACCCCCAAGAUUCUAAGUCCGUGGACGGAAAAAUAUGGAAGCAUAAAACCAAAAGAAGAGCUGUUGUACACAAUAAACCUGGGUUUCCGGUGUCCAAUACAUCCAAUGUAUCAGUAUUCCUAGACAUACCGACCAAAAGCACUACUCAGGGAGUAGAUAGAUCCAUAAAGGCAGCGUCGCCUCGACAUGGUAUCAAGGUGCCGCUGCAGCAAUAUGCAGUCACCAAGAGUGAAACUUUGGAGUACCUCCGCGAACACUGGAUGGCGCUACUCACCGCGCCGUGGCCUAGUGAUGUAGCAGCGGUCACCGAUGUGUUGGCGGAGGCCAACUCAUUAAUAGGGAUACAGAGCCGCUGGUUCAGCAACUAUGAGUGCACUUUGCUAUUCCGCGACUUAUCCCAAAGUAUUAACGCCCAAGGACUACUGGACCUCGUAUUACGUUGGUGGUUCUGUGCCCGGUAUGGAGUUCACCUAUCGCAAUAUCCACAUUUGGGUAAUCAACCCGUACUGCAUAACGCCGCUAUUGGUACUAUGCUGGAUUUCCACACGCAUACACAAAUUGUGCUGGCACUACUCAGUAUACAUGGGAUGGAACUUGGUAACUUCAAUCACGAGCGAAAUGGUUUGAAAAAUACCGAAGCUAUUCCCAAUUCUACCCAAAACUGGACAAGUGGUUAUCUACCUCUUUUCGAAAGUCUACUGAUUCAGAAGGGGGAUUUUGAUAACAUAUCUAGCGUGGAUGCUAGGAGUUGUAACUCACUGCUGCUUAAAAUGCUGCCCAUGCUACGGCACAGUUGCAAGGAGUCCAUAUGCACCAAUGCUGUCAAAUUUGUAUCAAAGGUUAGUAAAGCUGCAGUGGACCUGGAUCCUGGAAUCUCAGUUGAACGAGUAGAUUCUGGAGGCACUAUUGAAUCGGAUAUGAACGAUAUAUGGAAUGCAUUAAUAAGAUGUCACAAGGAUACAAUGACAUUGGCGUGGCAUUGUGAUUGCAGUAAGCUAAUGUGCUCAUUGUUGUUGGACUUGCUUUCUAGAGGUAUUGAGUACAUAUGUCCGUACCUAGUGGACCAGAAUGAAAAGGACAGCUGCCGUUAUACCGCAGAGGAAGCUCUACACAAACCAGAUUCUAUAGACCUGAUAAAGCGCUUAAUAGGUUUCUAUGCAUUAUGGACUCAGUCCAAAGGGCACCCGUUCUUAACAAGUAGGGACCUUGAUGGCUCCCCUGAGGGAGCAUCAACAAUGUUAUUGAACGAUUGCACUAGCAUGUGUAACGAGGUUGAAUUUAACCCUGGAGUUGAAAUAAAACGAGAAGAAAAUGGUGAUACACCUGAAUUGACGUGUUAUGACAUGUACCUCAUGACGUCAUUUGGUCGCUUUUACACCAGGUUUAUUGGUACAACUAACCUGGAUGUACGACCAUGCUUGGACCAGUUGGCAAAUGCUAUUCUAGAUAUAGAGUUAUCACUAUUACAAGGUGAUGUUGUGACAGACAAUGGCUAUAACCGUGCCAUAGUGGCAUCGGCCAUAUCGCAAACAGCUCGUGGACGCGAGCUGUUGAGGUCCAUUGCUCCGAGCCGUUGUGAAGCUACAGGAGUAGACACUUCGUUGUGCCAAGAGCCUGGUUCAACAUUCUCUACUAGGUGUCACUGCAUAAUAGCUCUGCAUAGUGACCUUUGUAGCUCCGUGGGUGCUGAUGCAGAAAAUGUCAAGUAUAUAACUGACAUUGUGUUGGAUCAAUCGUCUGCUAUGAAUGGAUAUGAAUUCCAGAUACCCUUUGAACAGGCGUUGCAUAUACUGGAGCAUCUGUGCGAUCGUUUGGAGUCUAAUCAAACAUGUGCUGGUAAUAUGUCCAUAAGCGUAGAAUGCGCAACGCCCGCUGCUGUAUGUGCGAUAGUAGCUCUGGCAGCUGUCAUGGGUGAUGAAAUUCAACUGGAUUGUGUUGCCCCGGGGCAUGUGCGUAUUAGGUUGAUUUUGCGUGAUACUAGCGUCAAUAUGGCAAUUCCUGAUCGUGUGUUUACGUUACUGACCAGGCUUCUCUACGCAGAGAUACGCAGUGAUGCUUUGGUGUCAAUGGAAUACCAUAGUCCAUGCUCCAGUGUCUACAGGACCCUUAUAGUGCACUACUUGGGAAUACAAGUAGCAGGUCCCAUGCGUGAAAGCCAACGCAUAGGGCCGCACUUGGGUAACAAGAUUGACUUUGAUACUUUUGUAACGCGUUUAAUGCGUUUAGUGUUCUUUAGGGUGCACACUAUACUCUUGGACGAGUCGAAAUUCGAAAGUUUCAUGCGCACAAGGGUUGAUUAUUCCGUGGAUGCCCUGUAUACAAAUGAUAGUGACUUGUUCCAAGAAAUUAACAGUGGGUACAUUGACCUGGGAGAUGAUGAUAUGUCUGAGUCAGUAGAAGAUCUAGAUCCCACCUCAAUGUCUGCAGUGGAUCAUCGCAUAUUUGGGUUCCUGGAGUACUCACAUACUGAACGAGUUGAUAGGUCACUCUGCGUGUCCAUCAAGACGGAGUCUGGAAAUGUAGAUUGUCCUAGGAAUGUCAACGGUAUGGAAGAUCACAUGAUACUGUUCUUCGAAGCGGCUUUUGACCUGUGCUCACACAUGAGGUUCUGGAUUGAUGAACAUCAAUUGUUCCAACACAACAAAGUAGAUCGAUUGCUCUACCAACUGGUAAUGCAUAUAUGCCACCUAGACAAGACAGUAACAACACAACGUAACUACGAAUUAGGCGUGCUAUCCAAGAUCACACGUGGAUAUGAAACUGAUAUUUAUGGCGAUAUCUACCCGUGCUCAAAUGUGAUUGAUCAAAGUUUGCUGCCAAAUGCAGAAGAAAAAUCAGCAUGCCACGUAAAUACUGAUUUGUUGUACCUAGGCAGGUCGAAGUUCACCAGGCGCAGCUACUAUACGAUCAGCCGUUUGGCCAUAGAGGCCCUGGUAAAAUGGCUGUCGCCAGAGUCUGCAGCCAGUGCCUUGUGCAGGUGGGCUGCUAGUGUCCCACUGGAUACUACCAGCCGCGUAAAGGCUAACAAACCCGAGACUGCAAGGGCCAUAGUCACACUACUUACCAUGAGCUUGCUGUGUCAUGGAUCUGAUAUCUCAACGGCUCAAGUAGAUUCUUUGAUAUCAACAGCUAACGUAUGCUUUGUCAACUUGAAGGUGUCAUUCGAUGCAGUGGAUUUCGUGGAAAGUGCUUUCGAACUUGAUGACCUAGACUCACCGAAGGGUACAGUUCCCAUCAAGCCGGACCCAGAAGAAGCCAAUGUUAAAUCUGAGCGUUUAUCUAUAGUUGAUAAUAUAUACCAGGAGUCUUUGUGUAACAGUCCCAAGGAGUCGAUAUCUAGUCGGGACCAAAAGGUGCCUUCAUACGUACCGGGUAAGCUCCAAUCGUGGAAGGACCUGAAGCUACGAGAGCAUCGAUUAAGACAGCAACGUAUAGCCAGAUUACGAGUUGAAAUGCGUAAAAAAUUGUUAAAUGAAGUAGUGCUUCUGCUGCAGACGUGCGUACUCUUUGUACAUGUUCUGGGUUACAUGAUCUUGCAAAGGGUGUACCAAUUCCAAAGCGAGGCAGCUAGUUUGGGGUGCUGCACGUGCAAGCUUGACGUGUUACAAAAGGAUAUACAUCGAGUAGAUGAAGGUACCACCCAGAUAAUUGAAGCUGAUGGCAAGUACAUAGAUAUGGAGCCACAGAAUCUAGAUACCAACGAAGCAUUACCACCCAUGGACACAAAUACACAGUCACUAUACGACCAAGUAAUACAAUUUGUCAAUCUAGCGGGAACUACACUGGAAUCGCUAUUUAGCGCCUGCACUGCAGUGAGCAUGUCAUGUGUUACGGGUAGCAUAGAUGUAGCCACAUGGGACAACGACCGGUUUUUCGAAAACUCUGAAAAUGAAUUGGAGCUCCUGCUGCAUGAAAUUAGCUACCUAAGAGAUGCCAUACAAUCGCAAGUGACUGUACUACAACAGUGGCCACAAGAAGAAUCGAUAUUGGGACACGUAGCAUUGAUCAAGAAUGAUGUUGAGUCUAGAAAUACUGAAUCGGGAGAAAGCUCAGAUGAAGAUGAUCUGGCGUCAUUCGUUGAUUUUGAUACUGACCGCCAUUUAGGAAUGGUAAUGUCCAAUAACCAAAAACGCCAACGCACAAGCUCACGCCUAAAUGAUGUAGUGCUGCGUUCUGAAUGGAACUGCCUUAUAAAAAGCUAUUUGUCAUGAACU